AGGCAUUUGAAGAAGCCGGUUGAGCACGCCGUGAGGCCGCCAGAAUAUUUCUAGCUACAGGGUGAGAGUCGUGGUGAAUAUAUACAUUUUCAAGUAAACUACGGCUUAGCCUUUGUUAUAAGAUACCUGUUCAGUCUUAACCAGCUGACCAAAGAAAUGGUGAUGGAGAAGCCAAGUGCCCUGCUGGUCGGGCGUGAGUUUGUCCGACAGUACUACACCCUUCUGAACCAGGCGCCUGAUUUCCUGCAUAGGUUUUAUGGAAAGAACUCAUCUUAUGUUCACGGAGGCUUGGAUAGCAAUGGAAAGCCUGCUGAGGCCGUCUACGGGCAGUCCGAAAUUCACAAGAAGGUGAUGUCACUGAGCUUUCGCGAUUGCCAUACGAAGAUCCGCCACGUGGACGCCCACGCCACUCUGAACGACGGGGUGGUGGUCCAGGUGAUGGGGGAGCUGUCCAACAACAUGCAGCCCAUGAGACGGUUCAUGCAGACGUUUGUGCUGGCACCUGAGGGCACAGUGGCCAACAAAUUCUAUGUACACAAUGACAUAUUCCGCUACCAGGAUGAAGUUUUUGGCGAUUCAGACACUGAGCCCCCUGAGGAGUCUGAGGAGGAGGUGGAGGAGAACGAAGACAGAGCCCAUUCUCCGGAGGUAGCCCAGGAGGACACCUCUCCCUAUUAUGACCAGGCUACAAGCACGGAGUUAGAAGAGCAAUUGGAGGAACAGGCUGUAACCCCAGAACCUGAGCCGGAGCCAGAGCCUGAACCAGCUGCGGAAGAACAGAAGCAGGAAGCGGCUCCAGAGCCCGAGCCUCACACAGAGGAGCAGGUGGAGAAGUGUCCCUCUCCGGCACCGGCUGACCCGGCACCGGCUGUGCAGGAGGACAACCGGCCAUUCUCCUGGGCCUCUGUCACCAGCAAGAAUCUUCCUCCUGGUGGAAUUGUCCCAGCAUCAGGAAUUUCUCCCCAUGUUGUAAAAGUUCCAACGGUACAGCCCAGAGUGGAGGUGAAAACUGAAACGCAGACCGCAGUACAGAGACCUCAGAGAGACCAGCGACUGAGGGAGCAGAGGCCUGGACCUCCAGCACACAGGGGCCCGCGGCCAGGAGCUCGCGAGGGGGAGCAGGGCGACUCAGAGGUACGGCGCGUGGUCAGGUAUCCAGACAGCCACCAGCUUUUCGUGGGCAAUCUGCCUCAUGAUGUCGACAAAGCCGAGUUAAAGGAGUUCUUUGAACAGUUUGGUGUUGUGGUAGAACUGAGGAUCAACAGUGGAGGGAAGCUGCCCAACUUUGGGUUCGUGGUUUUUGACGACUCUGAACCCGUGCAGAAAAUACUGAACAACAGGCCUAUCAAGUUCAGGGGGGAUGUGCGGCUCAACGUGGAAGAGAAGAAGACGCGCGCGGCCCGGGAAGGAGACCGGCGAGAUGUCCGUCCCAGGGGGCCGGGGGGGCCUCGCGACAGGAUAGGAGGAGGGCUGAGGGGACCCCCUUCCAGAGGUGCAAUGUCCCAGAAGCCUAGUUUUGGCGCCGGACGGGGCACCGGACCCAGCGAAGGGCGCUACGUGGGGCAACGCCAGUGAAAGUCCGAGCUCUAACCACUACUGAGGCCCAUUUAACCUAACAGCACAGCUGGCUUCUGGUUCAUCCGUUCUUGUAACUUUAAUUUUCAGCUUUGGGGCUUUGGAAUGUGAUCCCAGCUUGAUCUGGACUCUGUUUUUAAAAACGGCUUCUUGUUUUGUUUUGUUUUGUUUUUUUCCUGUUUUCUUUUAAGUUUGUAAACUUGUAUUCGUAACAUUUAAACAAAAGUGCUACUUGAAUUGAAAAACCCGGAGAUUGGUUUUAGCGUUCUCUCCCUGUUUCUUAAAGGAACGUGUUUUUACUUCUUAGGCAAUCCUGUGUAUUGCUAAAGGCAUUCUUGCAAUUUUCUUUUCCUCAGGAGCUACUAUUUAAAUCCUAGCACUGUUGAAUCAUGGUCAUGUUGGAGUGGUUUUGGAGUCCAUUGCAGCUAAGGAUCCUUUGGAAAGUUUCAUCUGCACUUCACCAGAAAAGUGUUGUACUUUAUUCUGAGUUAAAGCUAACUUUUAAACUAAGACAUGCUGUUUUUAAGCCACUUUUUUAUUUGUUUUAUAGUCUGGAUUAAAGAAAACGUUUCCUUCAAGAUAUGGAGUAUUGCUGGGGAGAUGUUCUCACUUUUGUUUUAAAUUCUUAUUUUGUAUUGUAAAAACAAAUUGUUGUGCCUUCUAUUUAUCUCAUUCCAAUCUUGGCAAAGUUGUACAAAUAAAGUGUAGAUUUGCUUUAUCACUA